AUGGUGAAGAAAUCACCAAUAUUGGUAAUGAUGAUGGUCAAUUUAAUUGGAUUUAUCUUGAGUUUAGAGUGUGGUGACCAAUGGUUCGUUACAGUCGACUGUCCAAAUUUCUUCCCGGGAUAUAAUACAAGUUUUGUAAACAUGACUGUUAAUACUAUUUACAACUGUGUUCACCAAGCUGAAAAAGAACCCACUGCCAAGUCAUUGGUAUUUCACAAAGAUUCUCAAACUGGUCAGAAAACAUGCUAUUUAUAUGAUGAGAUUUCAUCAGGUUGUGAAGGCUCCGUGGAAGGGGAUUUUGGAGUAAAUAAAUAUCUAUUUAAGCCAUAUAAAUGUGAGAACGGAGGAAGUCUAACUGAAGAUAAAUUAAGUUGUGACUGCAAUGCUGGAUAUUUUGGAAUAUCUUGUACGGAAUUGCCGACAGGGCGUUCGUAA